AUGAAUCCGCAGCCCCAACAGCUAGUUAAAGUGGUUAUCACUCAUUCCACAGGCACCAAGUUCAAGGUGGUUCUAUCCAAGCAAGAGUUGGAGACAGUGCAAAGUGAUCCUGAUUAUGCAGAUCAAGUGGCUGAAAAAUAUUAUGGGUUAUAUCUCAGUGGACAUGUCACAGCUGUUGAAGCUGAAGCUUCAGACACUUUUCGACGGGAUGAAGCUGGGGCAAUUCUGGCUCAUCCCUCAGGUUCAGCUGAACCCGUCCAACCAGAGAGAAGGCCGUUUUGUGAUGAAGACGAAGAAAUUUUAAUUAGAUUGGUGUCGGAGAGGCCCGCAUUGUAUGAUUUCAGGCUGCCUUUAAAAGACAGGGCCAGAUCAAAAGUUCGAAAUUUAUGGCUGGAUGUUAUUCAAGAAUUAGAUGUGGACAUAACAGUAGAUGCUAUCGCGAAAAAGUGGAAGAACAUGCGAGACAGCUUCAUGCGAGUCAGGGCGAACAUCAAAAAAAAAAUUUCCUCUGGAUCUUCAGCAGAAGAGAAGCUGCAGGCAGAGAGGCUGAAACGUAGCCAUAGAAAUUACGAACUUCUCAUGUUUUUAGAGGAUAGUUUAACAUGUAGAAGAACCUCCACAAAUUUAGAGGGGGAGGAAUCUGAUGGCCUGAUGUCUCCUUUGUUGAGAAAUCCUACAACACCAUCAGGCUCAAGAUCAAGACCUGCAUCCAGUACCGGCAGUACCUCAACUAAUAAAACCGAUACAUCAACUGUUCAGGAUGAGGUCAAGCAUUCACAGCGGAUGAAUAGUUCUCCAUUGCAAUGUUGGGCAAUUUGUAAAAGCGAAGGCGAUAUUGUGUCAGCCCACUGUACUUGUACGGUUGGAGCGGGUGAAGUGUGCAGCCAUGUAGGAGCCCUACUUUUUGCUGUUGAGAUUAUUGCAACUUCAACGGAGGGAGCAUCGUGUACAAAUGUGGCAUCAGGCUGGAACAUACCGACAAAAGUGAAAAAAGUGUAG